UCGGUAUCCUCGGAGACAGAGAGCAAGGGGCUCACUGUCCGUCUGCUGGCGGGCUGCUUCGUUGGUCUCUUCUUUAAAGUGCUCUUUUUUGCUUGUUUGUUCAGUUUUGUAGAUUUCUGUUCUGCUCUCUAACCUGCAGAACAAGCGACAUCGCCCAAAAUGUCGUCCCCAAUCAGCGGCUUCCUCCGCUUCGUGGCCGUGCUGCUGGCCGUUGUGUCGCCCAUGGUGUACAUGCUGGAGCAGCGGCUCGAGUCCUUCUACAUCUUCGAGACGGGCCACCUGCACGACCUGUCGACGCGCGCCAUCGCCGCCCACGGCAACGACACCAAGUCCAUUGUCGACUUUAUCGUUACCGAGCUCAAGAGCCAGCCGCGCACGGCCGCCCACGUCAACCUGGAGCAUGAGUGGGUCUUCAACAACGCCGGCGGUGCCAUGGGCGCCAUGUACAUUAUCCACGCCAGUAUCACCGAGUACCUCAUCAUCUUCGGCACCGCCAUCGGCACUGAGGGCCACACGGGACGGCACACGGCCGACGACUACUUCCACAUCCUGACGGGCGAGCAGUGGGCGUACGUGCCGGGCGAGUACAAGGCGGAGGUGUACCCGGCCGGGUCGGUGCACCAUCUGGUGCGCGGGGAGGCCAAGCAGUACAAGAUGCCCGAGGGCUGCUUCGCGCUCGAGUACGCGCGCGGCUGGAUCCCGCCCAUGCUCUUCUUUGGCUUCGCCGACGGGCUCAGCAGCACGCUCGACCUCCCGACCCUGUGGCGCACGGCCUUUGUUACGGGCCGCGAGAUGCUGGGCAACCUGGCGCUGGGCAAGUUUUAGACGAGACUGAAGAGUGGGCGAGGGCGGGGAGGAAGUGGUGGAAGAGGAGGCUGCGAGAGGGUGGGCGGGUGGAGCGAAAUAUAGACAUGUGCAAGCAAUAACAUGCGCACGACCAAACUAUAGAUAUGAUGUUGUAAAUCUAUUGGUAAUAGCCUGGUGCAAUAUGCUGUCGGUCCAUCUGUGCAUCAGAAAAUAGGAUCGACCAUUGUGGGCCCGAGAUUUGACAUUCGGCUGGGGAUUCCAGGGGAAAGGCAUCAAUCAAUAGUUCCGGACCCGACCGUUGAAAUGUCACUUUUUUUUAUUCUCUUGGUUUUGGGUAUUAUCAGGUUCAUUUAUUU